ACAAACGAAAAAGGGGAGGGGGAGGCUCUCGGGCACAUAGCGCGCGCGGGCUAUGAGGGCUGGGCGGCCAUAUUGAGGGGUGGGCUGAGGGGGAUGGGGGGGUCAUCCUGGGGCAGCAGAGCCACGAGGUAGUGAACAGUUCAUUGGAGAGUUGGAAUUGCGAUUUCUGUGCCAGGUGGGCUGAAGUGUUUCUCAGUAGGCUACCGCACAAUAGAGUUCAAUGUUUUGUGAGACAAUAUCAGUUGGAAGGAUUUAAAGCCAGGUACUUAGGGUAAUCCCAGUUGAACAUUUAGUAUCUGAUUAGAAAUGGAGCUUGUUACACUUUAAACCACAUUUAUACAAGCCUCCUUUAAACCGCAAAACUGGCGAGCACAAUGGGAAAAAAGCAGAACAAGAAGAAAGUGGAGGAAGUCCUAGAAGAAGAGGAAGAAGAAUAUGUGGUGGAGAAGGUCCUUGACAGGCGAGUGGUGAAAGGCAAAGUGGAGUACCUGCUCAAGUGGAAAGGCUUCUCAGAUGAAGAUAACACGUGGGAGCCAGAGGAGAACCUUGACUGCCCUGACCUCAUUGCCGAGUUCCUGCAGUCCCAGAAAACAGCUCACGAGAGUGACAAGUCAGAGGGAAGCAAGCGCAAGGCUGAGUCUGAUUCUGAGGACAGGGGGGAGGAGAGCAGACCAAAGAAAAAGAAAGAAGAGGCUGAGAAACCUCGAGGCUUUGCAAGAGGGUUUGAACCAGAGCGGAUUAUUGGUGCCACAGAUUCCAGUGGAGAGCUCAUGUUCCUGAUGAAAUGGAAGAACUCUGAUGAAGCUGACCUGGUCCCCGCCAAGGAAGCAAACAUUAAAUGCCCACAAGUGGUCAUCUCGUUCUAUGAGGAGAGGCUGACAUGGCACUCCUACCCUUCAGAGGACGAUGACAAGAAGGAUGACAAGAACUAAACUUCCUGCUCUUCUGUCCCCAUCCCUCCUCUGGCCGACUUUUGUAUUAAAACAUCAGACUGUGGGUUUGAGCGUGAAUGAGAGGAAGCAGACAGGCCCUUAACUGAGGAGGCUGGGGAAGAUGCCCACUGUAGAAACAGGACAACUUCUAUGCCCUCAACAAGCUGCUCCUUCCUUCCUUCUCAUGUAUACAUGGGGAUGGAGGGUAGAACGGCUGUUACCCAACUGUUCCUUGCUUGGGGGAUGAAGCAAAAACAACUCCACACAGGACGGAGCCUGGAGGUUGGACAGGCUGCCAAAAGGGACAGCAGGUGGAGGCUUCGAAGACCAUCUCUCCGACUCACAGCCUUCCUCCCCAAUAGUGUUAACUGCAUUUUUACAGCUUAGCAUGUGUGUAGAUUUUCUUUUUUCCUCUUUUUUCCUUUUUUCUUUUCUUUUGGCUAUUAUUGGUGUAUCAUUGGGGGUGGGAAGGGGAGGGUACCUUCUGACUGAAUUGAGAUAGGGAGUGAUUCGGAGUGUUUUGUAUCCAGAAUCACAACUCUGACAAAAUACAUGUCUCUUAUUGGAAGUGGUAUCAACUGCUGCUAAUGGAGAGGCCAGAACGUACAUGUCUUUAGUGUUAAAGUUACCAUUUCAUGAGACUUCAACCAUGAAUACAGCUGGCUACCAGAUUAAUUUUCACUUGACCUGUAAAGUUGGAGAGGAGGAGCAUCCUCAGAUGUUUUGGCCUGCUAGUUCUAGUGAAGGCACUUUGUCCCCAAAUUACAUGGCAAAGUUUUCUUAUAGUAUUACUAUUUCUGCAUCUUUACUUUCUAUCCAACCAGCACCCGUGGGGUCCUGUCUCUCCCCCCCCCCCCGGACUUUAAGCUUUCUCUAAGAGAAUCCAGAUGUUUUGUGGAAGGAAAGCUGGGAUGAAAUCUACCCCUACAGCACAAUGUAGAUUUCAAACCAUUCUGUAAACAGCUGUCUUCUCUUCAGACUUGGGCAUUAGUGAUUGCUUUCCUUGCCCUGGUCCUCCACUGAGAUCAUUUUCAAUCUAGUAGAUUUAUUUGUUUUUACAAAGGACAUAAUUUUACCUCUGAAUGUGCUCACACCCCAGCAAGCCACCAACUCCUCCUCCUCCUCCACAGGGUGGUAUGUAUGUAGAACUGUAUUGUACAAACCUUUUUUAAAAUAAAGCAUGUGUUUUAGGUUUCUGUGAAAAUGUUGUCUAAAACAUAAGUGUUUGAAUUUUAACUUCAUACUGAACUGUCUUUUUGUCUCAAUAAAACUUUAGAUUUAUAA